AUGGUUGAGAUGGGGAGAUCGAAGCAGCAGAAGCAGCAGCAGCAGCAGCAUUAUCAAAGAGGACAGGAGGCGGAGGAGGAGGAGGAGGAGGAGGAGGAGGAGGAGGAGGAGGAGGAGGAGGAGGAGGAGGAGGAGGAGGAGGAGGAGGAGGAGGAGGAGGAGGAGGAGGAAAAGAGCUAUAGACUGUGCAGUAGAGAAACAGGAAGGAAGAAAGAAUAA